GUGCUUCGCGUGCUAGGCAACCAAGUAGGGAUUGUUCCCAACUUCAACAUGGCUGCAUCUGGCAUCGCUGAACACAAUGAAGCCCGCAGGAAGGAGAGGUUGAUGCAGAAAAUUGCAUUCAAGAAAAAGACCUUGGCUAAAUCCCUUCAAGAGCAGUAUGGUGAUAACCCAGACAUGCUUGCCAUGAUUAAUGGUACCCAGCCAGACACGUAUGAGAGAGAACUGAACCAGUCCAGAAAAUCUGGGUCACCCCCUGGCCGUGGUGGGGAUAUACGACACGACGCCCAAUAUGUCGACCAAAUGAGACGUAACCAGUUACGAAAAGAACAAUUAGUUGAAUAUUCUGCAAAGAUACCCAACAGAUUUUCAUCAGUAGAUUAUGUAGCGCAGUGGUGAGCUGAAGAGGACACAACAGGCAAACUAACCCAGUUUCCUUGGCAACAGAUUAUAAUGGAGAAAAUUAUUUUCUGCAGUUCGUCGCUCAAAAAUGUUCAUUUAUUUCUAGAUAUUUGCUAGGUUAUUUUUUUCUUGCGUUCUUUUAUACUACAUUGCCUUAUUUCAAAUAGUAUUGAAUAAACUCCUUUAACCGUUAAAA